AUGACUCAAAAUCAAACACUACAAAACGAUCAUCUUCAUAAUAACAAUUUCCAACAAUCAUCAUCUACACCUGCUACAACUACUUGUCAACAAGUUGAUAUUAUUGCAUGUUCACCUAAUCUAGCUGAUCUAAAGGAUCACGUCAAAGAAAACACAUCAGAAUCAUCAUUAUUGUUGUCAUCACUUAAACAUUGGGAUAAAAAAUCUCAAGAAUCAGUACCACUUACGACAUCACAAGUAAUUAAUUUCGGCGACAAUUAUGUAUCUUAUGCUGAUAAUAGUCAAAAACAAAAAACAAGACUAGAUAUUAAGGGAUGCAACAAACCAGAUGUUAGUUCUAGCUGUAAAAAAUUGAGCAAGGAUGAUUUAUUGGAAUUGCAGGAAUCUUGUUUUGGAUUUGACGCAAUAGAAUUUGUUCAAAGUAAAAAAAUAGUAACUAGCAAUCAAUCAGAAUUUAUAAUUAAUGAUAGAAAAAGAAACUUUAAUUAUGAUGAAGAAGAGGAGUGGCUUGUUAGUCCCAAAAAAUUUCGUGAGGGUAGUUAA